UACAGUUGACUUUGUGCUCAAAGAUCCUAGAGAAAAAGAUGAUGAUAAAAAAGAGGAAGUUUUAGAACACAAGAAAGAGUUGAUGCAGGUUCCUAAACCUUGGUACAGAUCAUAUGUCACUGCUAAGGCAGCCAUGCAACAGGACUUGUUUGGAACCAAUCCUACCAUGGCAGCUGUGCUGGACUUGUGGCAUAAGACUUUUGGUAAUUUGAGGCUUGUGGAUAUUCAUGACAUCCAGUUACGGCCUGAGGCUUUGGAGCUUGCCAUGUUUCAGAACGUUGUAAUGAGACACAUUGAGAUUGCCAAGGAAACACUUUUGAAAAAGUGGUUUCCAGAAGUGCAAAAUAUUUAUUAUCAAGGAAACAAACGCAAGCAAGUACCCAGCAACCAAAAUGCCAAAAGGAUUCCAUCAGAGCAUUUGAACAUCCAGGGUUUAUCAUGAGGCUUGUAUUAGAGGGUGACACAGUAAAAUUUGAGCCAGAUUUC